UUUGUAAUGAUAAUAAAUUGAUUAUUUUGACAGUUAUCCUCCGUUGUCUGCCGUUUUCUUGCCCUUGCUUUAUUUAAGUAUUUGUUAUAGUUCCCUGUCCCUAGCAGGGAACAUAAAAUGGGGGCUCUUUCUUUUUUUUGGACCAAUAUUUGGCUCAUUUUUUGAAUAAUUAGGCAAUUUUCGUAUUUUUGUGUGCGCACAUCCGUUCUUGUUUUUUUGUUCUCCCGCCUUUCUAAAUCGGUUUUGAAGCGCAUUGUAACUGAGAAACGCUGUUACAGAUAUGAGUCAAACCUCAUUCAUCAUCCUGAUUUCUGCCGUCUUGCUCAGAGCUGCUGCUGUGGGGCUGGGCGAGCGCUGUAAGGAUUACCCUGCCCAGUCUUACUCUGUUCGUCAGGAUGCUACCUUGCUCAACUGCACGUUGGCCCGCGCUGACAUAUUCAACUACAGCGCCACUCCGUACAACAUCUCCUGGUACGACAGGAAUGGGACCCAGCUGUUUGGACACAGGGGGAGGAUCCAGGUUCAUGGGGGCAUGCUGUGGCUCCUGAACACUACCCUGGAGGACGCUGGCCACUAUCGGUGUGUCGUGAGAACUCCUGCCCAGUGCUUUGAACAAGUCUCAGAGCUGAUUGUGAAUGAAACCAUGCCAGAGAACUGUAUGCAACCAUUCUCAACGUCUGAAAAACAAACCACCAAAACCAAUGGUCGUCUGUACUGCCACAUACUGCCCACAUACAUGGCCAUUGUGAACAGCUUUUCCGUCCUGUGGUACAAGGGCUGUAAGCUCAUCCAGGACGGGGAGAAGUAUGAAUUUGUAGGCAACGAUGCCCUCCAAGUGAAUAACGUCUCUCCCAGUGAUGCAGGGUUUUACACCUGCCACCUCAAUUUCAAUCUAUCUGGAACCAUGGGCCACAUUGCCCGGACAAUUGAUUUACAGGUGAAAGUGUCUGGGUGUAUCCAUGAUUACCAUGUCACAUGUCCAAAUGAGGAAAUCUUGAUUUUACAAUCAAGUCUCUUCACAGAUGAAAGUUAUCAAAAGCCCUUGAUGAGUCAACCAGAUAAUAAGUCGGUCAGUGCAACUUACGGAGCCCCCUUCAGUAAGAUCUGCCGGGUGUGUGUGCCCGGAAAAGCCUAUGACACGGUGGAUGUUUACUGGGUGUGGCAGAAAGCGGACAAGUCAGAAGGCUUCAUUUCUUCCAAUAUUUCAUAUCGCGUACACCAGGCGAGAAUAAAAAUACUGGGAAAUGAAGAGGAAGAGGCAGGGGAGAUUGAGAGGCCGCUGAAUUUUGCAGAAGUAACUGAGGAGGAUUUUAAGUACACUUACAUAUGCAUGGUCAGUAGUGAUCAAGAACUAGUCACAGGAAACUUCACUUUGCAAAGAUCUGCUCCAAACCUCUGCACUCCCUUGGUUCUGGUGUUUGUGGGGCUUGUGCUCCUCCUCGGGAUGGGUGCCAUCGCAUACAGACGGCUGAAGAUAGACGCCACUCUGUGGUGCAGAGCCAGUUUCCCCUCUCUCUAUCCAAAGCCAGGGGCUGAUGGGAAGGAUUAUGACGCGUACGUGGUGUAUCCUGGGAUGUGUGAUACGGCUUCCUGUGGGCAGAGUCAGCCGGAGACGUUUGUUCUUCACACCCUGCCCCAUGUCCUAGAGCAAUGCUGCGGCUAUAAGCUCUUCAUCUUCGGACGGGACAGCCUGCCUGGGGAGGCGAUGGCGGACAGCAUCCGGGAGAACAUCACCCGCAGCAGCCGCCUUCUCCUGCUGUACACGCCCUCUGCCUUCUCUGCGCAGGGCAGGGAGGCGGGCGUGGCCUGGGAUGACGGGGCCCUGCUCCUGGCCCAGCAGACAGGCCUUCACUGCGCUCUGGUGGAGGAGACACUGCCGGUUCUCCUGCUGGAGCUGGAGGAGGUGACAGAUUGCUCUGCCUUCCCAGAAUCCUUGCUGCACCUGAGGAGGAAGCAGGGAGCGGUGCAGUGGUGGCGUGUGGGCGGGGCAGGGCCACAGAGGCUCUGCCCCUCCUCACGGUUCUGGAAGCUGGUCCGCUACCACAUGCCUGCGAGGGGCCGGCCGGGGGGGGGGAUUAACUGCACAGUGCCUUAAGCCUCUGGGGUCGGCCAGCAAUACCGACAUGAUCAGAUCAACUUUUCUUUCUAUUUGGAUGAUUACAUUUUUACUUUUUUACCAUACAGACGCAACAGACAUUGACAGAAACCUUAGAAUUUUGACUUUGUAAUGCACCUAUUGACAUAUAAUAUUAAUAGUUUUAAAACAUUUUAAAUUAGAUGAAAAGGCCACUGUGAUUUCUUAAUCUCAUUAAUAUGUGAGUUUCGCUCUGUGCAGAUUUGGCUCAUUUCAUUCAAAUUGAAACAAGGCGAUAAUUAUCCUCUGGCAUUGCCUUGUGCUUGCAGCUAAACAUGAACCGUUUUGUAAAAUGGCAUGCACACGCUUGUGAAUGGUAUCUUCAUUGAAUGUCGUCUGUGGCGAUUUCCUGAAUCAAAAAAAACGUAUUUGUUUCUGUCUUCUAAAUGGCUCACUGAGUAUGACUUCGUCUUAGAGGUAGGGAGGUAAAUUAUAAUAAUAAUUUAAUGUAAUGUGUGAAAAGCCUACUUACCUGGCAGGACCGCAUACCACAUACAUCUAGGGCAAUUUACAACCAACAUAUGAUUCUGAUCUACUUACUGUUAACAUAUUAUUGUAGCAGAGUUUGUGCUGAAAACAAAGACAUGAAACACUUUGGAAUCACUGUGUAUAAAGUUGAGUAAAAUGACAUGGCACAUGGCACAGUCACCAUAACCCCCCUAACCCCCCUAACCCUAACCCUAACCUUAACCAGAGGGUUAAUCCUGGAGUGGAAUUAACUGCACCCCGGGUGAUACACUGGAAAAUAUUAUACGCCUUCUCUGUGGUCUGAGCUGGAACAGGAAGUAAGCUGUGUGUCACUGGAGGGCAGGAAGUUGCUUCUGUGUGAAGAUUCUACCUCAUUACCCAAGACAGUGUUACACACCCUCCUAAUGUGUGAAAUCAUAGUAUCUCUGCUGCGGGUCUACAUGCUCUUCUUGCAUAAUGGGGAGUCAUGUUAGUACUGACUGCAGGGAUUUUCAGAUCUCAGUUCACUCUGAUUCAGUGGCAGGUCACACAUUGUAUGAACCCAUUUGACAUGUUAAAUAUUAAAUAUGAAAAGUAAGAUCUGAGCAAAUGUGACUUCUUGUAAGGACUCAGCAUUUAUUUGUUUACUGAAACAAAAACAAAAAAAUAAGAAAAGAAUUUGAUAAAUAAAGAAAGAAAAUAUUUCCUUGAAUGUUUUGUGAUUCAGUUUGCUGGUGGCCUAAAAGAAGGACAAAUAAUCUCUGCUGGCAUGUCAGAACAUGUCUAAACUGCCACAUGCAUACUCCCACCCAACCAGCCAAACCUCUGCCGAUGGUAUCUUGCAUCUGAUUGUACAGCUCCUAUGUUUUUCAAAUGGAGAGGCACAUUACUCAGCCCUGAACCACAGAUUAUAUCAAACCACCAGAUACUCAGCUCCGUUAUAUCAACACUGACACUUCAAACCAUUCUAAUUUGAUGUUUCUUGAUGUGUCUUGAUGUGUCUUGGUGGGCCUUGAUGUGAAAUUGUAUGUGUCUUCCUUCUGCAAGCUCAAUAAGGAUGGGUAUUUGGAUGGAUAUAACUAACAAUGUUACAACAAUGUUACUUUCUCCCCACUCUGGGCACCUGCCCGGAGCUCUACCCCAACUUUUCCUGCGCACCCCCUCCUGGCCCGGAGCUCCAGCCCAAGACCAGCCAUACAACUCCCUCCUGCCACUGCUGAUUCAGCUGUAGCACCAAGCCUGUCCCCUUGCCUGACAGUGCCACCCAUUGGUGUUCCUGCCAUCUGUGCUUCACGUUAUUGGACAUUUAUGUACUUUUAUUUAAACUGGUUUUCUGUUUAAAACCAUUGUUUCUACAAACCAGUGUCAACCAGUGGCAGAUGGGUUCCCCUACUGAGUCAGGUUCUGCUCAAGGUUUCUUCCUGUUUCCAGGGGGGUUUUCCUUGCCACUGUUGCCCUAGGCAUACUCUUGGGGCCGGGUUUCUCUGUAAAGCUGUUUUGUGACAAAGGCCCAUUGUAAAAAGCGCUAUACAAAUAAAAUUGAAUUGAAUUGAAUUGAAUAUUUUCUCCUGUGAACAUGGGAAACUCCUAUAGCUAAGUGUUAUAGCAUGGGAAACUCCUAUAGCUAAGGAGAUCAGACCUGUCAGAUGUGAGGAGAUUGGCAGUGUCUGAGUGUCUGUCAAAGUACAAUGCAACAUAUCCUGUUAUGGUUGUGCUCUUGUCUCUGUUGUGUCUUUUAUAUUCAUUUACUACUUUUAGACUACUUUUAAGUACUUUAUAGAGCAAGUUAUUGAUAAUAAUAAUAUGAAUAAUAAGAAUGAUGUCCUAUAUGAGCUAAAGAUUUUCAUUUUGGCAUUGAUGUAUUCAGGAUGUAAAUAGGUGGGAAAUGUAAAAUGGUUCAUGUCUAAAUUAAAUAAGGGGAACACCAUACGCCGUGUAUUUCUGCAGAAUGUGUCAGACUACCAUAUCAUUGGGAUGUUUAUUUUUUUGUGUAGAAAAAAACUGAAUAAAAACCUCCAGAGACAUAGA